AUGCCACCAGUCCACCAGUCCGUCUACCGAAGUGCAGUCGUUCGUCGUCAUGAUUCUUCAAUCUACAUCAGUCUCCCAUCCUAUUCCUUCAGAUCGAUCCCUCGACGUCAAUCUCCAUCCUUGGCCAAUACCUUAGCACAGCUCAAAGGCAUUCACACCUCUCAAGAUUCUCCGACUUCCUUCACAACUGAACCGAACAUUGACAUCAAGAGUCUGCACAAUACUCUACGUGCACAUCGCGAAGCAAACCGUGCGUCGGUUGUCCGAAAGACCUACAAUGAUCGUCCAUCGGUUCGCUUGUCUGAUCCCGAUGUAGGGUUGCCAUCUCUGGAGGUCAAGACUCUCACACCGCGAAAAGUGGCUUCCCGGUUCAAGAGGGUAGAACUUGCCCCAUUCAAAGCAUUCAAAGGCACGAGUCGCAAUCUAGACCUAUUGUGGCGGAUCGAUGAUACCGAGAAGAAUCCUCCAUUACACUUUCGCCUACCUUGGCUCCGUCAUCUCCACGACCCAGAGUCGAGCUCCUGCACCUCCGCGGUUGAGCGACUUGCCGAUGAGAUUCGCGCAUUUGAGAAGUACACAUCUCCUUCAGAGGAAGAGCAGCGUGCUGCUGACGACGCUUUCCAUGAUCUUACUGAAUGCAUCAAGGAAAUCGCAGACGACCUUCAUGUCGAUAUGAUCGGAUCUCGUGCAACCAGCCUGGCAGAUCCUUUAUCGGAUCUUGACAUUAAUAUCUCCAGCUCUAGGCGCUCAGGCUCUCUGACAAAAUCCGCCCAAGUGUCUUCUGUUGCUGUCCUAAACAAGCUAUGUAAGACCUUUCGUUGGCCCCCUAAGACGGCCAAUCUAUUCCACUUCCGCCCCAUCGAAGUCCAGCUCUAUCUCAAGCAAGCUCGAGUGCCCAUUUUGCUUUGUCAACACAAGGCGUCGGGGCUGCCGAUUCAGAUCCAGUCUACACCCCGAACAUAUGACAGUCGGGAAUAUGUGAAAGCAUCUUUGAAGGAAUAUCCAGCUCUGAGAGGUCUUUUCAAGGUCCUCAAACAACUCCUGCAAAUGCGUGGGCUCAGCGUCGGCAGCAGCGGAGGGAUCACAUCUUAUCCUCUUUUUCAGAUGAUUGUGGCGGCCCUCAAAUUCUCUGAGGGCAAGUUCCACCCUGCGGAUGUAGGCAACCAGUUCCUUUUCUUCCUGGACUUCUACUCGGACAUCGACUUUUCUACGCAUGGUAUUUCUACUCAACCUCUUGAGGUAUUUUCCAAAAAUCUUGUGCGUCCCCGUGAUCAUCAUGAAGGUCCCAAAAAGGCAGUCGCCAGGACUCGUAUAUGCGGUGAAGAGCACUCCGGUUCGCGCCAACUGACCUUCGAUGAACAUGGUCGAAGGCGGUCUCGUGAAGGGAUGGAAUAUUUGAUGACGCUUCAGGACCCUGUGAAUCCUAAAAACGAUCUUGGGAAGUCUGGUUUUCGGAUCAACGAUGUGCAGGAGACAUUUAUUGCCAUUCGGGCGGCGCUGAAGGUAGCAAUGGAACAGUGGGACAACAAAUCGCAGAUGUGGCAGCAUUCGGACCGGCGAACAAGAGUGCGGUCCCUGCUUGAACCUUGUGUGGGCGGCGAUUACCGGAUAUACGAGCACGAGAGAGACGACUUGCGUCGUUUAGGACACCAUUCAUUGGAAGCGACCAGAGCCGCCGUUUUUGGAGCUUCAUAA